CAUGUCCUUUCUUUUCUCCAGGACCUCGUGGACUGGCGCAAGCCGUUGCUCUGGCAGGUGGGCUACUUGGGGGAGAAGUAUGACGAGUGGGUGCAUCAACCUGUGGACCGCCCGAUCCGCCUGUUCUACUCUGAUUUCAUGGAGUCCCUCUCCAAAACAGAAUGGUACACGGUCAUAGCCAUCUGGAUUCCACUGGUAAUCUACCUGAGCUGGUACUGCUACACGUCUCUCGCCAACGAUGACGUCCGGCUUUUUACCUCAGUCACUACAAGGUAUUCCAUCAGAAUUUACAAGUACUAUUUCCCUGUCAUCUUCGCCACGGGAAUGUUUAUCUGGUCCUUUGUGGAAUACCUCAUCCACCGCUUCCUCUUCCACAUGAAGCCGCCCGCCAGCAACUACUAUCUCAUCACCCUGCACUUCAUGCUUCACGGCCAACACCACAAGUGUCCAUUUGACGCCUCACGCCUGGUUUUCCCACCUGCACCGGCAGCCCUGCCCAUCUUGGCUUUCUACGUGGUUGCCAAUUGUUUGUUUCCUGAAGCGGUCGCCAAGUCCCUCUUUUGUGGGGGGCUUUUUGGCUACGUUCUCUAUGACAUGACCCACUAUUACCUGCAUUAUGGCUCUCCAGAGAAAGGGACUUACCUGUACAGGUUGAAGGCCUACCACGUCAAGCAUCAUUUUGAACACCAGAAAGCAGGUUUCGGCAUCACCAGCACAUUCUGGGAUCAUCCUUUCCAGACGCUAAUCCCGGAGGAGACCUUUGAGAAAGAAUACUAG